AGGGUCAGCAUACUAGAGGAUGGCAGCCUCAGGCUCUACAACAUCACCAAAUCAGAUGCUGGGCUGUACACUUGUACUGCAACAAAUCAGUUUGGACUUGCCAGAAAUUCGGGGAACCUGGUUGUGAAAGAAAGGACUGUAAUUACAAUUCCACCUUCUAAUCUGGAUGUGACCGUUGGAGAAAGCAUAGUCCUUCCAUGCCAGGUGUCUCACGACCCCUCCCUCCCUGUGGUGUUCACAUGGGCAUUCAAUGGCAAGAGAAUUGAUUUUAAUCGAGGAAUCCAUCACUUCGAAAGAAUUGGGAGAGAAUCUGUUGGGGAUUUGAUGAUAAGAAAUAUUCAGCUACAUCAUUCUGGGAAAUACGUCUGCGUGGUACAAACAACUUUAGACAGUCAGUCUGCAGCAGGAGAGAUAAUUGUAAGAGGCCCCCCAGGUCCACCAGAAGAUGUUAAAGUUGAACAUGUUUCUAGCACUACUGCUGUGUUAUCCUGGAAGCCUGGAAUAGAUAAUAAUAGUCCAGUCCAGAUCUACAGUGUCCAGACAAGGACUCCUUUCUCAGUUGGAUGGCAGGCAGCUGCAACUGUUCCUGAAGUCAUUAAUGGUAGGACUCACAAGGCAACAGUGGUUGACUUAAGCCCUUGGGUUGAGUAUGAGUUUCGUGUGGUUGCCAGCAAUAGUGUUGGAAUUGGGGAGCCGAGCAGACCAUCAGCUCUACUGAAAACUAAAGCAGCAGUUCCUGUCGUGGCACCGACGAACGUCAGCGGAGGAGGAGGGAGUCGUUCUGAGCUGGUCAUCACAUGGGAGCCAGUUCCAGAAGAACUACAAAAUGGGGAAGGUUUUGGCUACGUCGUGAUGUUUCGUCCUCUUGGCUCAACAACCUGGACAAAAGCAGUGGUGGCUUCAGUGGAAGCAAGCAAAUAUGUUUAUAGGAACGAAAGCAUUACGCCUCUGUCUCCUUUUGAAGUGAAAGUUGGUGUCUACAACAACGAAGGAGAAGGGACCUUGAGCUCCAUAUCUAUUGUCUACUCUGGAGAAGAUGAGCCACAGAGGGCACCGGCGGGCACCGCGGCGCUGAGCGUUUCGGCAGCAGAGGUGGAGGUCUCCUGGCAGCCCAUCGCCUGGAACAGGCACACGGGCAGGGUGCUGGGCUACGAGGUUUUAUAUUGGACUGAUGAUCCCAAGGAAAGCACAGCUGGCAAAGUCAGAGUCAAUGGGAAUGUAACAGCCAAAAAUAUCACAGGACUAAAAGCUAACACGGUGUAUUUUGCAACAGUUAGAGCUUACAACACUGCAGGACCAGGGCCCUCCAGCACCCCUGUAAAUGUCACCACUAAAAAAUCACCACCGAGUCAACCCCCAGCAAACAUCGCCUGGAAACUCACAAAUUCCAAAAUCUGCUUGAACUGGGAACACGUGAAAACAAUGGAGAAUGAAUCAGAGGUGCUAGGCUACAAAAUUUUGUAUAGACAAAACAGACAUAGCAAAACACAUAUACUGGAGACAAACAACACUUCAGCUGAACUUCUGGUACCAUUUGAAGAAGAUUAUCUCAUAGAAAUAAGAACAGUCAGUGACGGUGGGGAUGGCAGCAGCAGUGAGGAAAUUAGGAUUCCAAAACUAUCAAGUUUAAGCUCUGGAGCAACGAAAUUGUCCCAAAGGGUAAAUCAAACAAUGAUAUUUGGGAUCCUGCUGUUGAGUUCUGGUUUUAUACACCCUAUUCCUUGA